CAGACAGGGUGGACAAUACAGAGCAAAUCCAACGUGCAGGUUCCACUGAGACAGUGUGCCAGUUUUCGACUGAGUCCUGCUGUGAUGAGAGUCAGCUUCGUCUUCUUCCAUGCCUUCAUUCUGCCUGUAAGCCAUGCCUUGAUUACCGAGCUUCACAGACAGGAAUGGAAGAGGAAUGCAUCCACUGUCCUUCCUGUGGCCGCGAGGUCACCAUGGAACAGACAACAGUAGAUCAUGUCAGACGAAAUGAAGCUGCCUACUCUGAAAAUGUUGACAAAGGGAAGAAAUGCAACUACACCGAAGAAGAUCAUGCUACACCGGCUGUGAUGUUCUGUCACGAAUGUAAUGUACGCCUCUGUUCCGACUGUCAUAACAUGCAUGACAAACUGAAACCGAAUCAAAACCAUUGGACGAGUGACAUCAACCAGACAGAGAAUAUCUCCAUGAAGCUGUGGCUGAGGAAGGUAAUUGCAGUGACCACCCUGACAACAAACUGCAGCUGUAUGACCACACGUGUAAGAAAGCUGUCUGUCUUAUAUGUGUGCAUGGGGCCCACAAGGAUCACCAGAAUGAAGACCUCAAUCAGGCCUAUGACGUAGCAAAGGGUCAGCUAGAGCAGCAAGUACAGAAGCAGCAGCAUAAACUGAAAGAUGUCACUGACAGGAUGGGAAGUGUCACCAGUCACCAAAAUCAACUGGCAGAGACGCAGAGAAAGCUGAAAGAGGACAUCAUGGCAGUUUGCAAAAGUGUUGCUGCAAAGUUCCUUCAUCGACAGAAACAACUCAUGGAAGAACUUCAAAUGAGUCUCCAAGCCCCAAACGAAAUGGUUGAAGAGAAACUUGACACUUUACAUGACGUCCAUACUUCAAUAGUAUCGGCGAUAGACUACACCCAGAGAACACUUGAAUCUACAAGACGAGAGGAGCUCAUUACUCUCACAGAUGUACUCCAGACGAAAUGUCAUGAAAAUAUGAAGAGGGAGCUUUCAGAAGAUGACACACAAGACACAAGAAUCCUUCUUACCUUUCAAGGCCAGAGAGCCCUGGAGGAACUUAUCGACACAUUUGGUGGUCUCGCCUCCAGUCUCAACAUGGAUCAUAUUCCAGAUUAUCAGCCUACUUCACAAGAUCUGCUGACGACGAUAAGGAGAGAACGAGAAACCAUCAUGAUGCAUGAAGGGCGGUGGCAACAACUCCGACAGAUGAUACAUAGCAUCAUCCCAGAACUCAAAGGAUCAGACAGCAGAAUGGCGAGAUCACAGGAACCUGAACAGCUAACAUCACAAGAAGUGCAUGGCAUUGUCACAAAUCUCAUAACCGCAGCAUUCAUCCCCGGCGAGACAAAUCCACGUGGUAUUACGUUUCAAGGCUAUGUCACAUUGCACGUCAUAAGACCGGACCGCAGUGUUAAUUUCAUCAUCUGUCCUAAACUCCAACUGGACGCUGGUCGAGUCAACACAGACUACUGCCAUGUUACUACAGACGGGGAGCUGGCCAACUCGCGGCCCGCCACACAACACACGGACAGUGGCAGUCUACAGGCAUUGAUGGGCACACGUGUAGCUCCACCCCCAUCCCCCUUCCUCCAUCCCCCUCUAGUGUCACCUAUGUCCCCCACACAACACGAUACUGGGAGACCCACACCAGGGUGGGUGUGGUGGAUGGAGUGUUGGGGUGGCCUGUCCUGGAGGUGGGUAUGGGGGAGGAGAGCCAGGUAGACAGUGGGUGGUGUGUUUGUUACCAGCCCCGCUCCUGGUGUGUCAGUGUAGUGAGCUGUGACACACACCGGGGGAGUCUCUGUACCAAGGUGUGUCUGGCGGGGGAGCGGGGGAAGUGUUACAGAAACACAAUGUCUAACAAACCCGGUACACAGGCCACCCUCCACUAUGGCGUUGUGUUGGAUGUCGGGAGGGGUAGAAUAGGAUUUAUUGACGUAGACAGGUCGGCUGUUUUAGGGAAAGUUGAUGUGGAGUUCAAGGAGGAUCUUCUCCCUGUGUUUGCUGUCCAUCCUUUCAGUGGCUGCACAGUAAACAUGAAGGUGGUCAGUUGGGAGGAGAUCCUCAUGUCUGACAUCAAGAAAUCACUCAUUAAUGAAGUCCUGGCCUAAGAAAUAAACUACACAUGACCCAGUGUAAACUUGUAAAUAUCACACAUCAACUUUAUCAGACAAAUUCAAUACAACAGAACUGAAAGAAGCGGACAUAGAAGUUACCUGUUCAUGUGUUGUAUGUUGUGUACAACAAUGUAACUAGGUUAGCUAAAUAUGUCGGUUUUCUACAGGACAGUUUUCAUUUGUGUACUAGCAGCAUUUUACAUCCACACAGGAUUAUUGUUAUGAUUAUUAUUAUGUUAUAACUGAUUAGUUUAUGAAACAUUUCAUACAUUUCUGGGACAUGUCACAACUAACAACUGAGUUGAUGGUUGAGUAAAAAGUUGUUUCAAGUCAUGAAUAUCUUGACAUAUUUUGUUUUUCUUCUGUGAAAUAAAUAAUAUAAAUACCCA